UGUUUGUUUAUUUUUUUUUCAAUUUUCACUGACCGCAAUGACAUUGCAUACAACGUCGCUGCUCACCAUCGGCGUCGUCGUCGUCGUCGUUGCUGCACUGCUCAGCGGUGUGACUGGCGCAGAGCUGCAGCCGCAGCACUCGAUUCGACCGCCGUUCAGCCCGACCGGCCAAAUCCCAAACUGGGACCUGUCUGGCCAGGCUGCCGUCGCGGGAACGCUCGUCCGGCUCACUCAGCUCGAGCAGAGCAAGAAGGGCGCCGUGUGGAACACUGUGCCAGUCGAGAUGCACAACUGGGUCGUUAGCAUGGUCAUCCAUGUCGUCGGUGGCGUGGUCGGUGGCGAUGGUAUUGCAUUCUGGUACGCCAAAAACCGCCUCCCCGAAGGCAACGUUUACGGCAGUGCUGAGAAGUUCGAUGGGCUGGCUGUCAUUCUGGACACGUAUGACAACGAUGCCGAUGGUCUGAAUCCUGCGCUGCUUGGCUUUGUCAACGACAACACAAUCGUGUAUGAUCGCCAUACCGAUGGCAAGCCCAUGGCGUUCGGCCAGUGUGUGCGCAAGUUCCGCAACACGGCCAAGCCUUUCAAGAUUGAGAUUCUGUACCAGAACGGCGAGCUUCAAGUGAGCAGCAACCUGGCGUUUGACGAGCCCCUGGAGGUGUGCUUCAAGAAGACAGUCCAUUUGCCAACCGGCUACUACAUGGGAAUUUCAGCUGCCACUGGCGGUCUCUCAGACAAGCAUGAUUUGAUUGAUCUUGUGGUCAGCUCUCUGGAUGGGGCGGAGCAAGCUCAACCCCAAACCCCGCCGUCAGAAUCGCAAGUAAACAUUGACCGGAUGGCCGCCGAGGUUCGCGAUCUUUCGAUGCGAAUUCUUCAACUGCAAGGCACCAUUCGAGACGUCAACCAGCAGUUUACUGGUGUCAAGGAGACCCUCAACCGCAUCCCUCCUUCCAGCAUUGCAAGCGAAGGAAUUGAAGGACUCCGUGCCUUGAUUGCGCAGCUCCAGCAUCAGAGCGUGCAGUCGACGAGCGAUAUUGCAUCCAUUGCUCAUUCACAGCAAGAGAUUUUGCGCGCAAUCACGAACGUGCACGAUAGCGCCGCAUCGUCGCUCCAAGUGUGGCUGAUUUUUGCCACCGUGCUGGUUUUGGCACUCUAUCUGGUGUUCCAAGCCCGCUCUCAACGCGAUCGCAACAAAAUGUUCUAACAAAAAAUGCGCCAUCGUUGCAAAAGUGUGCCCAGUCCCCUUAUUUAGUAUCCUGCGUGCAGGAGCGCUUGGAACGAAACGUGAUUCAAACAACAACUCAAAGUAAACUCUGUGUCAAGAGA